AUGGAAGUUAUUAACUGGCCCAGAGAUUGCAAGUUGCUCGGCUCAAUCGGCAACGUCGAUUAUGCAAAAACGCCUAAAGCAGCAACUGUCUAUGCGACCAGAGGUGAAAAUAACCCGGGCUCAUGCACGCUUUAUCCAGUCAUCCGGCGCAUUCUUCACGUCGCAAGGAAGAGCGUCUCGGUCUGCCAAGGCAGCCUACUUGCCCCAGGCCAGAAGUCCGACGGCUUUAUGAUGUCUACACAGGAAUAUUUCGCAAAUGUGAGCCGAAAAAAUCGGUGUUCAAAGCUUAACAGACAAUAA